CUGAGGCUGAGCACAGUUUAACAGAAGUCAACUUUGGGUGAACGUCAAAAAAUUUCACCGAAGCAUUUGCUUCUCCUCUGUGACUCUGUGUUUGACCGCUGAAACACAACUUCAGCUUUUUUUGGACUCUCAGGAUCACAGGUUUGAGCAUGGAGCCGGUCCGGAUGGUUCUGUGUCUGCUGUCCGUGUUUAUCUCGCUAGUCUCGGACAGGUUGGUGGUGUUGGCUUCCUUCUCCCAAGCUACGGACAGCGACUUCACCUUCAGCUUACCUGCUGGCCGAAAGGAAUGUUUCUACCAAACCAUGAAGAAAGAGGCUUCCCUGGAGAUUGAAUAUCAGGUGUUAGACGGUGCCGGUCUCGACGUGGACUUUUCCAUCUCUUCUCCAUCCGGCCAGUUGCUUUUCAGCGAUCAGCGCAAGUCGGACGGCGUCCACACCGUGGAAACUCAUGAGGAUGGGGACUACGUGUUUUGCUUUGACAACACGUUCAGCUCCAUAUCCGAGAAGCUCGUCUUCUUUGAGCUGAUCCUGGACAACAUGGAUCAGGAGGAAGACCCAGACAACUGGAAGGAGCACAUCAUUGGGACAGAUUCGCUGGACAUGAAGCUGGAGGACAUUAUGGACACCAUCAACAACGUGAAGUCUCGCCUGGGAAAAAGCGUGCAGAUCCAGACGCUGCUGCGGGCAUUCGAGGCUCGCGACCGGAACCUCCAGGAGAGCAACUUCGACAGGGUGAACUUUUGGUCGGUGGUCAACCUCUUCGUGAUGAUGGUGGUGUCGGCCGUCCAGGUCUACUUAGUCCGUUUGUUGUUCGAGGACAAGAGGAAAAUUCGCACAUAACAUCGCCUAGAACUGGACGGACAGAAAUCAUGAAACUAACACACGUUAACACGGUUACAUUAGGGAUGCUUUUUUUUUGUUUUGUUUUGUUUUUGUUUUCCUCCACACCAUUAUGUCUUUUAAAUAUUUGCAGAAACCAACAGAGGGUCAGGACUAAUUCGCCACUGUUGUUGCUUCAAGGUUUCUGUCCACUGGAGUUUGGGAAUGAAUCACAAGUGUCGACUAGCCAUACCUCCACUCAACAACCUUUUUACAAGAAAACUCUUCUUCUCUCUCUUUAUAGCUUUUUACUGUUUUAAGGUCCUUCUUAGCUGCUGUAGUGGUUUACACAACACGUAACAAUAAGUUUAUGAUAUGCAACUACUUUUCUAAUAGAGCUGGAGCGUUACCAGGCCAGUGGCCAAUUUGCAAAUAUUGCCUUGUUUUGUUUUUUGUUUUUUUCCUGAGUGAAAGUAGUUGAAGUAGCCGCUUGCUGCUGGGAUAACUUAUUUUUGCCAAACAUAAAGAGGAGGAGCAACUAGUUAGGUAUCAUGUCUUAACUACUCAAGGGCAAAAAAAAAAUCUACCUGUCAGUUCUGAAGUUGGCAGCAAGUACGAAUGCUGUUGGAAAUUAACCAUACUAUGUUGCUGCAGAACAGUCAGGUGUGUGGAUAGGUGGGGUUGCACUGCUAACCCACCCUAGGGACUGUGGAGCAGGAGAGACGGGGUCCGCGGCGUCCACAGUCGUCCCGCUGUGAAGGCCCGUGUCUGCUGGUGGGUGUCUGCUUACAGCCCACCUACUGUGAAAACGACGGGUCCGCUUGUCUCUCUAGUGACAGAAGGCUGCUUCUGUUUGACUGAUACCUGGAAGGUCAAUGUCACACCUGCUCUGUUUAAAACACGAUCCUCCCCUUCGUCAGCAUUCUCUUAGAUGCUUCCAUAUACUUAAAAAAAAAAAAGACUGUUAUGAUUAUUGCACUGCCUGUGAAAAACAUUUUUAACAAAUUGACUUUGGGCACUGGAACUUUGGAGGUGGGUUUAGAGGAAGGUCCAGUAAAGAACCGAGGUCCGUCUCGGACCACCUACUGAAGGUCUUCAUUCUUUUAUUCUUUUUUUUGCCUUUUCUCUGUUAAAAUUAUGCUGGUUGUUUGUUUGUUUUUCCCUAAAUGUUUUCUUUAUACUUGACUUCACUGUUAAACGACUUAUGCUAUAAGAGUAAAGACACAUCAUUAGAUCAGGCCUUUACUUCAGAGCCUUAUGUUUAAAGUGCAUAAAACCAAACAUUUACUAGCUGUGUUAAUAUGCAAAUUAGCUAUGUAAUUUGUUCCUCUUUUGUUUUGUCUUUAAUCUAUUUUCCAUGUAUGAAGCAUUCAUCUGUUCAGCUGUGUGUUAAGAUUCUGGUAUUCUUAUAAGAGAUCGAUUUAAAAUGCUUUUGCAAUCCAGGUAGAUUAAAAAAUUUUAAUAGUAUUUCUACAUUACUGAGAAGGAAUAAAGUACUCUGUUACUCUUUUAAAACAUAUAUUUUCUACUAUUUUGAGGCAGAUUGAGGGAAUAUGACAUUUAUUCCACCAAUGCCCUGCACUUGUAGAUGUGUAUAAAUUAAACAAGUCUAUCUUUUCUGA